CAGCAUCACCUAACUUCCGCCAAAGGUGAAAACAUCUCUUUGGGGGAUUGUUUUCUGUUUGGCUCGGUAAGUCAUGUUGCAUAGCAUGUGUUUGUUGUGCUCGAUUUUUUAACAUUGUAUUCAUAUAUCGCAGCUGAUGUAACGGACCCAUGCAGAACACCAAUUGUCAUUGAGUCAGAACGUAAACGCACUGUUGUCAUGCUGUAGAUCUUAUUUAGCAUUCGAGAUUUUCGUCUGCUUAUCACGGAGUUCCUUUGAUCAAGGGCUUGGAUCACACGAUCCUCCUUCAAGUGUUCACGUGUACAGAUUCAUAAUGGGGAAGAAGGUGAAAGAAGACAAGAAAGCUCCUCCAGAGGAUGUGUUUGACACUAUUCUGGUGGAGAGCCGACAGGCGGCUACAGUUGUGUUGAUGCUCAACAGUCCGGAGGAAGAUGUACAGUCUAAAGCAUGCGAAGCCAUCUACAAGUUCGUUAAUAAAUGUGAAGAGAACAAGAAGACAUUACUAGACCUUAAUGCAAUUGACCCGCUGCUGAGACUGGUACAAGGAGAGGACAAAACUGUCAGGCGCAAUGCUUGCAUGGCUCUCGGGGUCAUGUGUGCACAUCCUGACGUGAGGAAACUAUUACGAAAGAGAGAUGAUUCUAUCGCUGCUUUUGUGAACCUCUUGCAACCUGAAGAGGACACCGUUGUCCACGAGUUCUCCGCCCUGGCUCUGUCCUACCUGGCCACAGAGUUCUCCACAAAGGUCUCCAUAUUCGAGAACAACGGCAUCGAACCCCUCGUCAAGUGUCUAUCCUCCACAGAUCCUGAUGUCCAGAAAAAUGCCAUUGAAGCUCUUGCCCAGAUGUUACUUGACUACCAGACACGAGGUGCCUUGCGGGAGUAUGAUGGCCUCCAGCCCAUGCUAGACCUCCUCAAGUCCGAGUACGCCAUCAUCCAGAAGCUGUCCCUCCUGUCUCUAGAUCGGGCUUCACAGGAUGCGGAAAAUCGAGCCUCAUUGAGAGAGCUGGAGGCGAUCUCCCACCUGAUCAAGUUCUUGGCCCACCCGGAGUGGAACGAUCUGCAUGUGAUGGCGGUGAUGGUGUUGUCUAACCUGCUGGAGGAUGUGGAGAGUCUGGAGCAAAUCAAAGAGACUGGUGGUCUGAAGAGGCUGGUGGCAAUCAUCACUGACCAACCCCCUGUGGAGGAGGAGACCAAGGGGGGCAAGGCGGACAAAAAGGCAGGGUCGCGCGCUGGCAAGAAGAGUGCCAAGGGAGAGGCCAAGAAGGUGAUCGAAGAGAAGGAUGAACAGUCCCCUGGAGGAGAUUCCAUCAUCCCCACCCUCCCCGAUGUCAAGAUGAGUGCCGCUCGAGCCAUCGCUCGGUCAGCACGCAGUGUGGAGAACCGUAAGAUCCUACACGAGCAGGAGGCUGAGAAGAUGUUGAUUCAUCUGCUGUCUCAUGAGUCAGUGGACGUACAGAGCGCAGCAGCCCAGGCUCUCGGCAUCAUGUGUGAGAACCUCAGCAGCAGAGACUCCAUCCGCGAGUGGGAGGGUCUAGCACCUCUGAUCAGGCUGCUCAACUCGGAGAGUGGAGACGUGAAGGAAUCUGUGACACUAGCCCUCACCAACCUCACCACAGCCAACUCCACAAACUGCAAUGAGAUGAUGAACCUGAAUGGCCUUGACCCACUGAUCCAGCUGUUGGCAGACAGUCGGGAGGAGGCUGUAGCCAACACCGCCAGCGUCCUCACCAACCUGGCGCAGGAGGAGGUGCUGCGUAUAGAGUGUCUCAACCGCGCUGUCGUCUCUUCCCUCAUAGACCCUCUCAAGACCAGCAACACCAAUGUCCAGAGUAAAGCAGCUCUCGCUUUAGCAGCCUUUGUGUGUGAUGCUGAUGCCAGGACAGAGCUACGUGUGUCCGGUGGAGUGGAGCCCUUGAUUGUUCUGUUGCAUUCUGGGAAUGAUGAAGUGCGGAGAAACACGUCCUGGGCCAUCACAGUUUGUGGUGUGGAUGAACCUACUGCGACAGAAAUAUGUAAACUUGGUGGUCUGGAAGUCCUGCAGCAGAUUCAGAUGUCCAGCACGCGACGCAGUCCCUUCGCAGAUGCCGCACUCGAGAGACUGCUCGACAGCAACCUGUCCGCGAAAUACGCCCUCUCGGGACAUCUAGGUAGUGGGAACCUGAUAGAAGAUGGGUUCUUUGAUGCCGGUCAGCUGAAGGCAGGCACCAAGUUCCUGUCCCUGGAAGACUUCUGCAAACAGGAGAUGAAUGACAAGAGACCAACGCUGCUCAUCAACUCUAAACAAGAGAAAGUUGAGGUGAAAGAAAGUCCACCUCCACCACCUUCAUCAGAACCUGAUUCAGAGACAGACUCUCAACAAUCACCCGGACACGGGAAUAGGCGGUUGUCAUGGAAAUCCAUUCUAAAGAAAAAGCCGUCCCCUCCCCCCAGGCAGGAGGAUAAUGAAGCCCUGAAGGCUGACAGCUCCAAGACAAGCGUCUCUGGGAAGUCAUCUCGAACUGGGCGAGAAACUAAAUCGAGAGAGGAGGUCAAUGAACCUAUGUCUCCAACUGAACAAGAAGCAGAGCCUGAGCAUGAGAAUAGACAUAAGAAAUCUGCCCCGCCCAAACGAUUGUCAUGGAAAACCAUUAUCAAGAAAAAGCGCACCAAGGCUCAGCGUGAGCGCGAGGAGAAACAGAAGGAGGAGGAGAUCCAGGCUCAGCUGGCCAAGGAGGCAGAGGCUCAGGCUGCUGAGGAGAACAAGCCCUUCACCACCCCGGCCGACCCCGCCCUCUAUAAGUACAUGGAGGACGUCAUGGAUAAGAUUCAGCCACUGCCCACCACGAGGCUGCAGGUGGUGGCACUCGCAGAGUACGUGGCGGAGAAGAUGGGAGGGCCUAUAGCGAAGGGGCAGGUGACAAACUUCAGCUGGGAACUACCUCUCAGUCAGAUCAAGUUCGAGCUCAAGUCAAAUGUUGUCCCCAUCGGCAAGAUCAAGGCUGGAAUCCAUGUGCACAGAGCACUGCUCUUCAAGACACUGGCUGACCGUAUUGCUGUUGGAUGUUCCCUGACAAGGGGAGAGUACAACCGAGCCUGGAACGAAGUCAUGCUACCAGAAGAAGAUGAAGUGGCCGGUGGUGCCAGGUAUCCUCCGAAGCCCUACAUAGUUGAUCUGAUCCACGAGCCAGGCAAACUCCUGCCAGUCAACACUCCCGAGGCUGUCAGCUACCAGAAGUUGUAACUGUUGACAGUCACUGAUUGGUUUCACACCUCCCACUUGCCAGCCAGAAGCUACUAGGGGGGCAACUGCUCAUUGAAUUCUCUUUGCUUUUUUUGUCUUGAUAACUUAAUGUUUGUAAAUCAGUUGCAGACCUCACCUGUUAGAUACUAUAGGAGUCUGUAUCAGGUUUGAGAAUAAUUUGAUAUUUUUUUCAUCCCUGUUAUCUUUUGGAAAAUUAGACGAAGGAUCAGGAAUGGGAUGUUCUAAGAUUUGGUGGACUGUUAAGAUUAGCAUCAUUAUAUAAAUCAUGUUCACUCUGUAAAUGAUAUUUAUAGCAUCUUUUUAUGAUAAGAGUCAUUAUAUGAAAAUCAUGUUCACUUUGUAAAAGAUAAUACAAUCAUCAACAUAAUCAAAUUUCACACAUUUCAAUUGUGAUAUGUGGAUAGACAUUGAAUCAAGGGAUUGUAUUGAGGCAGAUAUCAGGAAUGGAGGUGGGGGGGGGAGCUAUUGUGAAUGAUUUGCCAAAAUUAUGUUGACAUGAUAAUCAAUUAUCCGAAGAUGAUUCUGUUGUGAUAUGAGUGUGAUGUAGAGGUACCACAUGGUUCUUCAUCUUUGCUCUGCAUCGCUUCGGACAGUUGAGGUCAAUCAGCAGUCUGUGAUAUAUGUCAUGAUUUAGAUGUAACAAUAUUGUACAUAAAACAAGCAUUACUAUAACUACACAUGUCUGUGCCAGUGGGUUUUGUCAACAUGUUGCUAUAUGUAAAUACUGGAAGUAUAAAGUGUUUUGUGAUAACCUGUGUAUAGUGAACUCCAGCUUGUUGAAAAUCCGUCCAAUUGUCAUUGUGUACAUAUAGAAAUUGAAAUGAUUAAAUAUAAAUUCUUGAA